AUGAAAAUAAACUUCACCAUUGACACGUGCAUCCACACCAACCACAACAGCCACAAUAACAUCAGCCUCAACAACAUUAAAAACAACAACAUCAGCAAAAACAUUAACAACAACAGCAACAAACUUAUGAAUAACAAGGGUGAUAAUAUCGGCAACGAUUUGUCGAGGAGAGAAUCCUCGACCUCGAUGACGUCAUCAUCGAACAAGUCGAAGCCAACCGCCCCUGUUGAAGCCAUCAAAAAAACAAGCAUGCUAACUAAACUGAAACUAUUCGGCUCAAAAACGGACAAGAAGAAAUCGAUACCGACCCCCGUGAUUACAUCCCUAAUGAACACAGCCCCACAACCAAAACUGACGCCGACGAAAUCUCCGGAAAGUAAUUUAGGACAAGAUGGCGAAAAUAACGCGCCAAUCGGAAGUAGCUGUAACAAACCACUUCCGCCGAUACCGCAAUCUCGUCUGCCCACCGCGACAUCGCAGCAGCACGUCGGCCACAAACCGGAUACAACUAAACCGAAUAUACCGGAUCGAACGGUCUCCUUGGGUCCACGAACGACGAAUCACAUUCUGCCUCAGAACCAAGCUGAUGCCGGCAUGAAAUUGUUGAGCAGCAAAGAUAAUCUUCCAUCACCUCAAACCCAACUGCCACGUCAGACGACGACGACACAGAACAAAAUGAUGAUGCUGCCAACGCUACAACAGCGUCAGCAACAGCCACCGCAGAAGCAGUUACAACCACCACAACAACAGCAACAACACCAGCAUCAACGUCAACAACCAUAUUUGCCACACUCAACUUCAUCAACAUUCAAAUCAACAACAGCAACGACGUACAACAAUGCCACAGCCACUUUGGAAAGGAGCAGCAAACUACAACAACAACAGCAAAGAUACCACCACCAGCAGCAACAACAAAUAACCACCACAAAACACCCAACAUUUUCUUCCUCCUCCUUAUUCCCCCCGCCACCAGCGACAGCAACCACACCCUCAAUGAACACAUCAACCACAUCGUCGUCAUCAUCCGUCUCAACAAAACUUCUUCGUGACGUCACACGUCCAUCCAUCCAAACGAAACUCAGGACCUCGUCGACAAACAGCAUCAGCAGCUUAAACAGCUGUUCAAGCAGCGUAGCUGGCUCUUCCUACGCAGCUAGCAGUCUGAACAAAAACGCGACAUCAAAAUUACGCACCCCGACCACGAAAGUUUUUAAAAGCAGCAGCAGCAGCAGCGGAAGUGGUGACGUCAGCAAGACAGCGGCCAACAAAAAAGAUACAGCGCUACAAAAUGGGGCCAAGAUUAAAGGCACGAGCAAAAUUCAACGAGUUUUAUCUGCUAAGGAAGAAACAUCGAAAUCUAUUUGCUACAAUCAAUCAGCUAGGAACAUCAGCAAUGGCAACAAUGGCAGCAAACCAUUCUCCACAUCAGCGGAGUCUCAUCAUUCAUUGAAGCGAAUUCCUCAAAUCAACUUCAAAAAUAUAAACAACAACAUCAACAACAUCAGCAACAACAACAUUAACAACAACAACAUCAACAGCAACAUCAGCAACAUCGAUAGUUGUAAAACAAAACCGACCGCGACAGCAACGACGGGCCUUAGGAAUGCUAUCUCAAAAUUACCAAAAGUCUCGAAUCUUCAGCCGCUAACCGAAUCACUGCCUUUGAAAAUGGAAUCGGCGGUAAUCAGCGGUAACAUCGCUAGAGCAGGUGACAUCAUCGAGAAUGAAAUCGGUGGAAAUAAUUCGACCGGAACAUCUGAUAAGGAGAUUGAACAACACGAUGGUGACGAUGAUGCUGGCGACGUGGAAGAAGAACAGAGGAUUGAUGUGGUGAAAGAGGAAGAAAACGAAAAUGAAAGUGACUUAGGUGGUGAAGUUGAAGAUGUUGUUGAUGAUGAGGAUGAUGAAGUUGUCGAAGAAGAGGAUGAAGAUGGUGAUGAAGAAGAAGAAGAAGAAGAUGAUGCUGGCACAGCUCACACUCAAUCUGAAAUGGUGAACAUUUUUUUCAAAAUUUUUUCAAUAAAAUACAUCGCGCCAUUUUUUACUCAGUUCAGCAGCAGCACCUCUCUUAACAUAAAACCCAUGGCACCUCUUGCUAUCACAACGACAAGCAAUUACAUACUGAACGGCACACUCGUCGCCAACAACAACAUCAACAUCAACAACAACAACAACAACAACAACAACAUCAACAACAACAUCAACAACAACAACAAUAUUUUCCCGUCUUACAACCGCAGCAAUUCUCUUGGUGACGCCUACUCUUUCAAAUCGAUGAUCCAUCGCGAUAAUGUGCCGGUGAAUGAUGAUGGUGUCAAACAGCUUCAAGUACACAACAGCCAUCAACAACAACAACAGCAGCAACAACAGCAACAACAUCAACAACAACAACAGCAUCAAACUUCAUCAGAUAUCAAUCCACCACCACUUUAUCGUCGUCGUUUCGGCGGUGAUGGCUGCUACAACAUCACCAGCAACUUCACCAACAACAACCCCAAGUCGCCAUUCUACCCACCAACAACAAUUAUGACGUCACAAAAUGACAUGACGCGACGUUGUCAUAGCGACGAUAUGACGAGUGGCUACGUCAGUGAAGGAAGUAGCAGUGGCAGAGGUAGUGGUGGUGGUGCAGCUGGUGGUGGCGGUGGUGGUGGUGGU